AUGGCAGCUUGUAAACAUUGCUUAGUAGAGUUUCCUUGUCAAGUUCACAUUACGUUUUGUCCUUCAUGUGGAAUUACACAAACGAGAAUGAACGAGAAAUUAUUGAAAAUUAUUUUCAUGGAUAUAAAUACGACCUCAUUGUUUGUUUUGUUGAUGAAGAAACAUGGUAUUGAAAUGACUGUUCGUACUCUCAAAAGAAGUUUGAAAUCAUAUCAUUUGUCUCGUCAAAAUGAAAACAUAUCUGAGGACAAUGUGAGAACCCUUCUCAGGCAAGAAAUGCAAGCUGCUGGAGGUUCAUUAGCCGGUUAUCGGAAGAUGUGGCACAUUCGAAUUAAACAUCAUGUGCACGUUCCCCGGAAACUUGUUGCGACAAUUCUAAGACAACUUGACCCAGAGGCAAGUAUUAGAAGAAGAAGGAAAAGGCUUCAAAGGCGUCAGUAUAUUUCUCAAGGUCCAAAUCAAUGCUGGCAUAUUGAUGGAUAUGAUAAAUUGAAGCCAUUUGGUUUUCCUAUCCAUGGUGCUGUUGAUGGCUUCAGCCGGAAGGUUUUAUGGUUGGAAGUGGUAAAGUCAAACAAUGCUCCUGAAUCAGUUGCACAGCUCUACUUGGAUGCUGUCAGAAGAUACAGAGGUUGUCCACACCUGAUUGUGGUACUGAAAAUGGUGUGA